AUGGAUGAGCGGAUAUUGAACAACUUCAAUGAUUCUCUGAUAAGUCGUCUCUGGGAGUUGUUAUGCUGCAGGUCUAGCUUUGUAGAUUCUAUGAAAGAUCAAAUGCGAAUACUCUAUGCAGGCCUGAGGUUUUUGAGAAGCAUUUUAAGGGAGCAUCAUGAGAUGAUGGAUGAACAAAAUGAAAAAAUUGGAGCUCUCCUUGGUGAGGCAGGCAUUAUAAUAUUCACGCCCACUCUGAGCAGAGUGAUAGAAGGAGAAGUUAGCUUCUCAGGAUCCACCCAGGUUCUUGAUUUUUGUGAUAUGCUGGCUAGUACCAACAUCCAUAUCAAGAAUUUUAAGGAUCAGAUCAGUGGCUCAAGUACUAUAGAGAGUCUUCCUAAUUCCUCUCAUAGCUUAAGAGCACCAGAAGUUAGCCAGACUUCCAGCCGCAUGCUAUCAAAAGGUAAAAUGCCAAUAGCUCGUGAAAUCAUGGUUGGUCUUGAUGAUGAGGCAGCAAAAGUAAUUGGACGACUUAGAUGGGGAUCAAAACAGGUGGAAAUUGUUCCCAUUGUGGGAAUGGCUGGGCUUGGUAAGACAACUUUAGCCAAAAAAGUUUACAAUGAUAGUUCAGUAACCUGUCACUUCCACAUUCGUCUUUGGUGUACUGUUUCUCAAGAAUUUAACAUGAAAAAUGUGUUACUUCAAAUUUUGUGCUCUGAUGGCAAACAUUCUAGGAAGGAUGAGUUUCAAAAUCUGGAUAAACAUGCGUUGCUUGAAAAGCUCUAUCAAAGGCUAUUGAAGAAUCGGUAUCUUGUUGUUUUUGAUGAUGUCUGGGACAUUAAGGUAUGGAAUGAGCUGAGAAUUUCAUUCCCAGAUGACAAAAACCAAAGUCGGAUCAUCUUCACGAGUCGAUCUUCUAAUGUAGCUUCACAGGUUCAAUAUGGUAGAGAACCUCACAAGAUUCGCUGCCUUACUGUCGAAGAGAGUUUCGAAUUGCUGCAGAAGAAGGUGUUUGGAGAAGAAGAAGAAUGUCCUCAAGCAUUGCAUGAAUUGGGAAUGGAGAUUGUCAAAAAGUGCUGGGGAUUACCCUUUGCAGUUGUUGUUGUAGCUGGAAUUCUAGCAACUAUAAAGCAUGAUAUUUUGCUUUGGGAAAAGUUUGCUGAAAGUUUAACUUCAACCAUGGUGUCUGGUACAGACCAGUGGAAGAAGUCAUUGGAGCUCAGUUAUGAGCAUUUACCAUAUCACUUGAAGGCAUGCUUGCUGUAUUUUGCUGCAUUUCCAGAAGAUGAAAAAAUUGGUGCCAAGAAGUUGAUGUGUCUAUGGAUUGCAGAAGGAUUUGUGGAAAUAAUUGAAGGAGAGAAAUCAGAGGAUAUUGCAGAAGAAUAUCUGAUGGACCUAAUUGGCCGAAACCUAGUUAUGGUAGGUAAGAACAGAUCCAUUGGUGGAGUCAAAACUUGUUACAUUCACGAUUUGAUAUUUGAGUUCUGUAAGGGCAAGGCGAAAGAAAAGAAAUUCCUUCAGGUCCUGGGAGGAUAUGAUGAGCUUUCUACCUUUAAUGAGCCUCCCAACCUACCUCGGUUGUCCAUUUGCUCCAGUGUAGAAGAUUUUAUAAAGUCAAGGCUAUUUUGUCCGCAUUUAGCCAGUCUGCUACUCUUUGAUGCUACUCCAAGAUAUGAUAAGUUGUUUAAUAUCUCCUUCCUUUUUUGCAUCUACAAACAUCUUAACGUUCUGAAUUUAGAGGGCAUUAACCUAAGGCUGAAGGAGCUUCCAGCUGAAGUCGAGUCACUUCUUUGUUUGAGGUACUUAGCCCUUGAAGCAGAGGACAUGCAAUUCAUUCCACCAUCUAUAGCCAAGCUCUCACAUUUGGAAACCUUUUGGCUACAUUCCAACUUGGUCGUUUCAUUGCCAGAUAGCAUCUGGAACAUGAAGAAGUUGAGGCAUAUACAUGUAAGAGGGCGCGUUGCUAUUCAUCUGCCUUCCAACGACAACGGUGUUGAAAACCUCUCCACUUUACCCAAUUUAGACACACUCUCUUGCUUGUGUCUUUUUAAAGAGGGAGAGAACUUAUUGAGAAGGAUUCCCAACGUUCGCCAACUUAAAAUUUCCGAUUAUCACACUGGAAAUGGAGUGUUGAACAUGAGUCAACUAGAAUGCCUAGAAUCACUCACCUGGUGGGGCAAUUACUCCUCAGGUUCAUGGGAACAUGUUGAGGUUCCCUUUCCCAUGAAUUUGAAGAAGUUGAGUCUUGAAAAUCUGGGUCUUCCCUGUAGUAAAAUGUCAUUGAUUGAAGAACUACCCAACCUUGAAGUCCUCGAAUUAAGACUGCAGUCAAUGGACGGCCAAAGAUGGGAGCUGAUGGAAGGAGGAUUCCCUAAACUCAGGGUCUUGACUUUGACAUAUUUUAAGGGCGUAUAUCAACUCUUGAAACGAUUGAGAUCGACCAUUGCGGAGAUCGUGUCAAAUCUUUAG